UUUCCUCAAAGAGCACCGCCUGUGUCAAUGAUGUUACUCUCCGGAAAAAGCCAGCAGCCUAGUUGCGUGAUACACAAUAAUGCGAUCCUCUGUCUGAGCUGUACAUAGAAGCUCAUUAUUGAGAUGUUUGGAACCUGUGUUGGAGUGGGCCAAGUAGGUUUAUGAUAAUGAUCGUCGGUAUACCUUCUCCAUUCCACCAGUGGCCAUCAUCAUGUCAACGCUACAACGGGCACGUUGCAUGUCAGCGUUAUUACAGCGAUCGCAAUUGCGAAGAAUAGCGUUGGCUGUUUCAAUCGGUGUGAUAGUGUGCUUUAUACUAGUAUAUUCGAGCGAUAACAGUGAGGUGAAAUCAGCAGCCCAGAUAAAUGAAGAACGGUUGCAACACCUUCGAGAGGUGUGCGAACGCACGAAUAAUGGUGGCAGUACGUAUGCAAAACCGAUCACUAUCCUUAGGGCAAAGCUAAACCGAGCCACCAUUCUUACCAAUUCCAGAACAAAAUAUCGAAUCCGCUUAUUACAUGCACAUAAAGAACGAGAGCUUACUGUUCUGUUUGGUGUUUAAGUCCGGUACUACCAGCUUGUUCUAUAACAUCAACCGAUGGGCUGGUUAUUCUUCCGAUGAAAUACUGGACCAGAAAACGGACAACUUAAUGCUCGCUCGCCGCAAAUAUCCGUGGGAGAAUCCGAAAGUGUUGCAAAACACUAUGAAAAACACAUAUUCCUUCAUCGUGGUUCGCCAUCCCUUCCUGCGCUUGAUCAGCGCCUACGAGGAACGGUUGCUCGAGCAGGUUCAUCCAUACUACAAAAACCUUUCGCAUCAAAUCUACAAAAAGUACCACAACGAUGGGAUUGAGUUCGGCAUCCCUUCCUUUCAGGACUUUGUUCAGUACAUCAUCGAUCACUACAAACAACAUCCACAACAAAAAUUGGACCUCCAUGUUACCCAAAUAAACGAGUUAUGCAGCCCGUGUCGGGCGCGUUAUGAUGCUAUACUAAAGCUAGAAACUUUCGCACAGGAUAUCAGUUAUCUUGCGACUCAAACGCAUCUGCAGCAUAAAAUAAAACCAGUUCACAUGAACCAUUCGCGCCGCGAUAGCACUGAUCGGUUGAUACAAAAAUACUUUUCCCAGAUAACAAGACAGCAGUUCUUCGAUCUGUUUUCAAUUUAUAUGAUAGAUUUUCAGUUAUUCAAUUACUCGGCUGAUGGGUAUUUGCAACACACUAAACCGUAAAUUAUUCUGCUUUCCACGCUGAGUGUUCCAUUAGUCGAUUGAAAAAUAAUCUUGAAAUGAAAAAAAAAACCUGCUAAAUAUAAUAUCUUUUUCACAAAAACGAUUUCUCUUAUUGUUGUCUUAUUGAUGUCAAUGUCUUAUGUCAAUAUUAGUAUUACCUCCGAGUGGGGAUGUAUGCUAUACGUUGAUAGUGAAACUAAUAGAACCGAUCCGAACCGGUAACCAGCACAUGCACUGUAGCAAUAUGGCAACAUUUCGUUAUCAAGAGCGCUUUAUUGAAUCAAAGUGGUGUAUGACAACCCACCUCAUGACAAUCCGACCAGUCCUCAACCAAACCCGGCACCACACAGGGCCAGGAAAAGGCUAAUAAGCCAAAUUGAAAACCAUUUCGAUUAGAGCAAAUGAGAGAUUGAGAUCCAUCAUUAAAAUGCAUCGAGUAUCACAUCAACGAGGUACCCGAAGUGCAUGUGGUCGAAUUGCGAUUGCGUUGCGGAUUGUCCACAAUCAAUCUGAUUGGGACAGGGCAUGCAGCGACACCGGGCAUCGGGCAUCGGGCGAGACUGCUAGCUACGUUUCGCCAAAUUCGACACUGCACUGUUUCAUGCAAAUGAUAUUCAUGUCACAUACGCGGUUCCUACGUCCACCGCGGUUCCACCAAUAUAAAUCGAUCAGGACAAUAAUCAUUUCUCGACUGCACCACGAUAUGAGUAUCCUGCACGCGGUGGCGGCCCAAUGUGUCGUCUCAUAUGGAAGCGCUUCAAUGUGUUCAAUCUGUCCUCUCACAAAUGACGCAAACGCAGGCCUUUGAAGUUCAAAGUAUUCAACCGAGAACUAAGUUAUCUGUAUCAGCGUGUGUUUACGUUUUGCGAAUCUAUUUCACUCUCCAACAUGAAUAGUGCGAAAGUAAUGCUUGAAAAACGGAAGAUGGCAGGAAAAGAAUGGCUUUAACAUUCUUGCCAAUGGAUGAUGCGAUCGACAGACACUUCCCAGCUGAUAUCGAAACGAUUAUCAUAACAUCGGCGGUAGGUGGGAAGGGCUGAGCAAAAACGGAUUGUGUGCCCAACUACGGCGAUGAGAACGCAGUGGCCUCUCACUCACCAGAAAAUUAAUGAACCGUUCAAUUUCAAUUUCAAUCAUAGAAAAUGAUUUCAGGAUUGAUUGCGUUUGUCGUAAUCAGUGUUUGCCUGGGUUUGUUGACUUUGCGGCUCCGUGCGUUAGCGUCUGUGCUGGCGGGCGUCGAAAAUUAUCACAAUGAAUGAUUCAUACCUUCUUGCCGUAAUCGCGAUUAAGGUAUGGUAAUAUUUCGACAACGAGUUGGUGUGGAAACGAUCAGAAAAAUAUUUAAAAA